CUGAAAUUAUGAAAAUAAUUACUUAAUAAUGGUAAGGUCUGUUCUAUCCUUACAACAUAUGGGAAGAUAAUCUAAAUUACCUAUAUAACUGAACUCAUUAUGUAAUGCAAAUAAGAUUGCUUAAAAGUUGGUGGGGACAAUUUCAGCAUCCUGAAUAGUUGGUAGUGUUAUGUCUCUACUCUAUGCAAACCUACGCCUUUGCACCUGCGUCUGUUGCAGCCUGGAUAGGGACAUCAGAAUGAACACUCAAACUACAAUGUUUUGCCUUCAAUAGCUCAAAGGAGAAUUGUAUUUAACAUACAAUGUCCAAGAAAACAGGAAAAACGUAUCAAAAAUAUAUCAUUAGCAUUCUAAAUAAUGUGCACUUUCCCAAAGGCUUUUUCAUAUAGUCAGUUUUACAGACAAAAAAAAAAAAUCGUAAACAUGUUAAUUUCUCUCAAGCUUCUGUUAGACAUGUAAUACAAAGUUGCAAAAUAUGUCAAAGAAGAUAAAUAUAAACACGAACGACCAAACAAUUGACCUUAUCGGCCGUUAAGGACGGCCAUUUUACCCCUUAACUGGCGAACUAGCUAAGACAAUACAGAGAAAUGUGGGAUUUUUAACAUUCACAGAAAAGUAAUACAAAUAUAUAUCAAAACGAAAUAUUUACAAAUGUAUAUGUAAGUGGUUUGUGCAGUGUUUCAUACCUGGAUAGGGGUACCAGAAUGAACACUCAAACCACGAUGUUUUGCCUUCAAUAGCUCAAAGGAGAAUGAGGCAAAGUGGCGAGCUUUCCCUUUUCCUUCAUUCAGCAGACACUACUAGUCGAUCGCCGAUCACUUUUCUCACUGAGGCUAAAAUAGGAGAGCAGGUCUCACAUCGUUUCAGUUAUUUUAAAAAUGAUUUCAAUGAAUGCUAAUAAUGUUAUCCAUUUAAAAAUCCGUUUUUAACCCCUUCUUUAACACUAACAUUUUACCACGUUUUUUUUCAUCUGUCUUUUUAAUUAACAUACAUAUGAAUUUUAUCAAUCAUGGGAUAUUUCCAAUCUAUUACACACUCCCCUGCAGAAAAAGAUGUCGUCCGGACAUCAUAAGUUUACGAAAUAAAAUGAACCGUUUUCCAAGUAAUUGUAACUGCAGAAAAUAGCGGUUGUUUUUGUCUGGGAAUUUUUCUGAAACACAAUGGCACUAAAUAAACUAUCAAUCAAUACGCUCGCAUAUCGUAAGGCUGGUAUGCUUGGAAUGGCUUUGUCUACACUGUCACCAACUGACCUUCUCUGUACUGCAAAGAUGGGUAUUGGUAAGGCUCUCUUCUUGUGUGUGAUGCGCUACAGCAUGAUGGAGUUACCAGCCGGUCAUAGGUGAGGAUUUCAGGAGGUCGUCUUUCUCUUCUUGGGUAUCUACAAUUAUGUUCUUCGUUUCUUCCUGAACCUCUGUGGAGCGAUAUCGGAACUUCCUCUUGAAACUCUACCCGUGGCUCAAAAUCACUCUGAUUUUCAUCUCUCAAAAACACAUCAUCUUGUUGUCUUUCAGCUGUGUUUGUGUUAGGUCCACGUUCAUCAGUGUCUAAUGCUGGUGUCUCUCGAUUUGGCUCAGUAGUCAUGUCUGUAAUGGGUGCUUGAUACUCUACUACUGGCUUGUAAUAGUACUCACACUCAUCUUCGUCACUCUCUUGCUCUUGGUCUGUUUCUUCUGCAAGGGUUGUCUUUUUCUUUUGUUUAAGUGCUGGUUGCGGAUGAAUUUCCAAAGGUAAAUGAUCACAUGGUAAUAACAGGAUUCGGUGCAAUGUUCUUGUUCUUCCUCUGCCCUUUUCAGGUUUGAUUUCAUACACUGGGUUAUUUUCUCCAACUUGACGAAUCACAAUAUGGAUAUCCUCUUCCCAGUGAUUACGAAGCUUUCCUGUGCCUCCUCGAGGCGUCAAAUUCCGAACCAGAACACUGUCACCAGGACACAAGACAGAUGUUCUCACUCUGCUAUCAUAGUGUCUUUUACCCCUCUCAGUUAAUUUUUUUAUAUUUGCUUGGACAAUUUUGUUUGCUUCCUGCAUUUCUCUUUUCCAUUUCUCCAUGUAUGUUCGGUGGUCUACAUUUCCUACUUCAGUUGUGAGACCAAAUACGAGAUCAAUUGGCAAUCUUGGUGACCUUCCGAAUAACAGGUAGAAGGGAGAAAAACCUGUGACUUCACAUCAAGUGCAAUUAUAGGCGUAGAUCAGUUUGUUCAAUGAUUCUUUCCAAUUUGUCUUUUGCUUUUCUGUAAGUGUUCUCAGCAUCUGAAGCAGUGUCCUGUUAAAGCGUUCAACUUGACCAUUUCCUUGGGGAUGAUAUGGUGUUGUCCGCGAACCAAGUACACCACAAUUUUUCUUUAGCUGGGCAAAAAGCUGAUUCUCAAAUUCGCCCCCUUGAUCAUGGUGUAUCCGCGCCGGUAGUCCAAACUUCAGGGCAAAAUCAUUGAAUAUACGAUCAGCUACUACUUUAGCAGACUUGGAGGUGGUGUCAUAAGCCUGGGCAAAACGAGUGAAGUGGUCAACGAUUACAAGAAUAUACUCACAUCCCCCCUUACAUUCGUCCAAGCGGAGGAAGUCAAUUGAAACAAGUUCAAACGGUUGAGUCGUGACAAUGCUGGUAAGCGGUGCCCUUGUUUCUUUACUUGGUGUUUUUUGUUUUAAACAUGUACAAGUUCUUGCCACAUAAUGUUCUAUUUCUUUUUGCAUGUAAGGCCAAAAGAAUCUGUCUCAGAUCAAUGACGUUGUUCGAUCGAUGCCUUGAUGGCCCAUGUCAUCAUGUAAUUCUUUCAAUACCUUGCUCUUGUACUGUUCAGGUAACACCAGCUGGGUUCUGUUUGUUGUCUUUCGACGGAGAAUGCCAUUUUCAUCAAUUUGUAGUCUUUCCCAUUCCCGUAGUAAGCAUUUGCUGUGGAAACUAAGGGCUGUGAACUCUUGUCCCAAAGGUUUCUUGUUUUCCAAUUUGAAGUGCAAUAUUGGAGCAAUGUCCUUGUCGUUUUGUUGCGCUAGCUUGAUUUCAGCCAUUGAAAAAGGCUUUUGUGUUUCUUCGUCCACUUUUGACCAAUGCUGAGAUGCUAGUAUUGGACCAAUUCCUGGUGGACUGGAGUCUUGAACCUGAACAGCAUAGGCUGUCGCUGCCACACAGUCUGAUGAUAGCUCCUCUUUGCACUGUUCCAUCAUUUCUUCAAUAUUUACAGGCAUUCUCGACAGACUGUCGGCAUCCACAUUUUCUUUCCCUGGACGAUAGCGAAUGGUAAAAUGGAAGUCUGUCAGUUCUGCUACCCAUCGGCAACCUGUGGCAUUGAGUUUUGCGCUUGACAUGACAUAUAUGUAAGUGGAUUAUUGUCAGUAAACACAGUGAAAGUUGGUGCAUAAAACAGAUAAUCUCUGAAUUUUUCUGUGAUGGCCCAUUUUAAUGCAAAGAAUUCCAACUUUCCUGAAUGAAGAUGAUAAUUUUUUUCAGCACGAGUCAGUGUUCGGGAACCAUAUGCUAUGACGCGGAGUUUGUCGUCUUGUCGCUGGUAUAAAACUGCUCCCAGACCUUGAUUUGAGGCAUUCGUGUGCAGGAUAAAUGGCCGUGAGAAGUCUGGGAAUCCAAGGACUGGAGGCUCAAGUUAGACAAUCUAUUAACUGUGACAGUAUGCGCUGAUGAUCCUCAGUCCAGUCAAUUGGUUUUUGUGAUGGUACUCCUUUUUUCUUUCCUGUAGAACGUCUUAUACUUGCCCUGUUUUGCGGUGCAUUAGCGUCUUCUGUUCCUUUCAGCAAGUCAUAAAGUGGACCCGCUAUACGUGAAAAGUCCUGGAUGUAUUGUCGAUAAUAGCUCAACAAGCCCAUAACAGCUCGGAGCUCUCCAACAGUGCUUGGUUUUUUUUCUUUCAAGCCUCUCACAGCGAUGGUGUCAGCUGGGUCAAUUUUGCUACCUUCGGCUGAGACAAUCCUUCCAAGAUAGCGAACUUCAUGUUUAAACAAUUCACAUUUGCUGGGUUUCAAUUUGACUCUGUAUUUUCUCAACAGCUGGAGGACCUUUCUGACGUGGGUGACAUGGUGGUCGAAUGACUGACUGUAUACCAACGUGUCAUCCAAGUAGGGGACACAGCAGGGGUCGCGUUAACCGGAAAUUUUCCGUCGUUGACCGGUUUUUUAAAACGGUGAUGGAAAAAACUGAAGUCCGUCAGUCAUUUUGACAGGUUGCAAUUCACACCCCAGACCACAGGGUGGCACAUUAAUUAGCUAUUGUCUCUCUUAAUGCAUGACGUUGUUGGCUAUUCUGUCAGAAUAUUGUAGUGUAACCGGGGUCUGGCGGCGGCACCGUGAUUGACACAUCAACGCGAGGUUCUUAUUGGUGCACCCGGUGUGCCAGCGCGUGAUCCUUAUGUCUUCCUUCCCCUUCCGUUUCCGCCUGUUUACCAUUGAAGUCAAUGGCGGUGGAAUCGAAGUUGGAAGGUCUUUAUACAAGAUCCCGGGAAUGUUAUUUUGAUGUAGGCGGGUGGAGAACCAAGCCAAGGCCUCCAUGCUUCGUACCAUGUCGAUUUCCAAACCAUGGGUGCUCGUACUCGUCAUAAGGAGAUGGACAAAACUGACAGCUCCUGCAGUCAUGCCCCCGCUGUUAUGGAAGCUGGGAAAUGCUGUUAUAAAAGAGAAGACAACUUGACUUGUAUGUUGAUGGACAUAUAUCGAACAUAUAUAGUUUGCGUUCCACAAUGAUGAUGACAGCUCGACUCCCGGGAGAGGCCGAGAGAGGCAGGAAUUGUGACAGACAGUGGUUCGCCGAGAUCGCCGUGAUCCAACUACGAACUUGUGAACGGUAGCAUUUUUAAAUAUAUGCUAUUGGAGCUGGAAUUACCGAAGAGGAGAGCGAGAUGGACUGCUGUAAUUCGACAAGAAAUCGGGGCACCAAACGAUCACCACAGACUAUGUAGUAGUCAUUUUAUAUCUGGUAAGAUGCAUUUAAUAUAUAUUUAGAAGAUUUUGGGCUGACAACCACAAUUAAGAUCAUUGUGUGACGUUGGUGAUUGGGGUCUAUAUGGUUGCCUCUUUUUCUUUGGGAGUGGAGUUGUUUUGUUGGUGUUGUUGGCGGUAAGCAGAGUAAAAAGAGGGAGAAAAAUACAACUUCAGUGUCUAAUUUUUCGCCGCCAAGCAAGCGUUACAAAAUUAAAAAUGAAUGAAAACUAAAUACUAUUGAAUAUGUCAUCAUUAUCAUUUUAAAAAUUUCAGUGACUGGUAAAAAUAGAUUAUGACCGGAUUUUUAUGACCCUGUCAGUCAAAAUGACAGACAACGAAAAUGUCUAGCGCAACCUCUGGGACACAGAUGGUGUCUCGUACUUCCUCCAGACACUCUUCCAUACAGCGUUGAAAGGCUGCAGGUGCAUUCAUCAGUCCAAAUGGAAUCCUUAUCCAUUCAUACAAGCCCCAUGGAGUCACAAAUGCUGUUAAAUGUGUACUGUCCUCAUCCAUGAACCCUUGAUGAUAGGCCUUUCCUUGAUCUAGUAAGCAAAACCAUGAGUUUCCACCAAGACUGUCAAGGAUGUCUUGAACACGGGGAAUUGGCUGUCUGUCAGGAUGUGUCUUCUUAUUUAAUGCUCUGUAAUCUAUACAAAGACGCAAACCUCCAUCUUUUUUUCUGACACAGACAAUUGGUGAGGCGUUAGAUGAGUUUGAUUUCUUCACCCACCCUUGGACAAUGAGAUUGUGCAAGUAUUCUUUCAUUUCUUUGUACAGAGGCUUUGGUACUGACAGACAGGUCCGUGCAACUGGAUCUACAUCUUUCAAGGAGAUUCUCAAUUUCAAUUUCUCAAUUUGCCCAAUGUCAUCAUCCGAUUUAGAAAAAGAGGAGCGCUCUUCGCGGAGCAUAUUUUUUACCACUUCUCUCUCUAGUUCUGGCAGAUGGUUUGAGUCAAUUGAUGGAUCCCAUAAGCAUUUCGCGACUGGUUCAGCAUCUACACUUAUUUGACUCACUGAGACGAUGGGUGACCUCUCCAAAAUGGAUGCUGGGUGAACAGCUUGGAUUUGCUGCACUGUGCCCACAACAGUUCUUCCUGAUAACUCAAUGUCGUGAUCAGUUGGAUUUUGUACAUCAAUAACAACAUAAGGUUUAACACCCCGUCUGACUGUUACUAGGGUGUCACAGAAUUCAAGACCUUCAGUCCACUUUGGAUUUAUGUCUGGUUCAAAGAGAAGUGUUGUGUUCUCCUUAAAUGGCUCUUUUUGCACUUUACAGUCAAUCCGAACAGAGGUGUGCUUGGGGACAAGUGUUCGCUCUUUAGUUGUCUUUACAGUAUACUCACACGAUUGUUCACUGGUCACCAGGUCGAUAAAAGCUAGAACACAGUCAUUCUCGAGGCUGGGGAAAGCUGUCUUUAAAGUUUCGUGGAAUUGCUCUUUUCUUACAGUAUCCAAUUGUUCUGCUGUAUAGGUUUUUACCAGCUGCUCAAUGACAUUGUAACCCAGGAUGGGAACAAUAAUUUUUUUUAAAUUGGCAUCUUCUGCAACUAAUCCAAAAGUGACUUCAAUGAACCCUUCAUAAGGCAUACUUUGUCCAUUAGCAACUGUAAUUGUAAAAUCAUCAGACAUAUCAAGAAGUUCAGAAAUAUCUCUGAGCUUUUCUUUAGGCAAGUUCUCGCUUUUCCACUUUUCAUCAACAAUACACACUUGAGAACCCGUAUCCCACAAUGCAUGAGUCUUGUGGCCUUGUAUGUAGCACUCAACAACACAUCGUUUCCCUACCAAAGAGAUGAUAUGAGAUUUGUCAUCCUCUUCCUUGGCGAUGCCAUUUUUCUUAGAACGUGGAUGAUCGUCACAUUGUUUUUUGUGUGUUGGCCAAUGUUCAACUUGACAGGUUUUGGAACAGUAAUAUGUUUUAUUACAAGAGGCACAUUUUCUUAGUCUUAGAUUUUUUUCCAGUAAUACCACAAUAAGUGCAAUAUUGUUGGGACAAUCUGUUGCAGGCUACUCUCUGUCCCUUGGGGGUAGCCCUCUUCCAUUUAAAGAACUGUCCUGGUCCUGUCUCGCCACCCUCAUUUUGCAACCUGCGAGAAAAUGUUCAUCACCGCCACACCUAUAACAAUGGUUGCAAUUCUCACUUCCAUUCUGUCGACAGCCAAUACAUUUUCUGGAACGUGAGCGAAUUGUCACAGGCGGAUGGCGCUGUGGAGCAAACCCCUGUUGAUAUUGAGCCGUCCCUCCUCUUUGCCCUGGUCCUUUGGGAGGCCAGUACAUUUGUGGUUGAUGCUGGAACAUGUAGGGUGGGGCAUAUUCUUGGGCGACAGGUGAAGCCUGACACUGUGUUGGCAAUGAGUUUGAUUGUUGCAUUGAUUCUCUAAUUUGUGCCACUUCAACGCUUAAAUUUUUCAAUGUGGCCAUGUCGGAGCGCAUUUCCUUCAGUUCAUUUAGGACAUCAGACUGAAUUUUACUUGAACGUUCUGAUAUUAUAUUUUUACAUUCUUUAUCCGUAGAUGUGUCAGUUGACUGAACUGAAUGCACAGUGGUUGAUUGCAUUUGGGAAAUUAAUUUCUUCUUAUUUUGUCUCUCUGUUUCGUUGGCACAAGCAAUAUUAAGUUUCUCGAAUAGUACUUCAUCACUUGUUGUUGUUUGUUGUAGGUAUGGCUGAAGAUCACUCUUAACACUUUCACUUUGCAGACCAGUAAGGACAGUGUGGAGAAACAUACUUUGCACGAGGACGGGAUCAUAUCUUAGACCAGACUCAGCUUCUUGUGAUGCAAACAAAAUCUUUUGCCUCAAAUCUAACGCACGUAUCAGAAAAUUUUGUGCCGUUUCCUUGUUACUUUGAACUUCGGACGUGAGUUGUUUGUAUAAUUCUGUUGCACCUUUUUCUUGAUAGUGAGAUCUGAGAAUUCUCCUUAAUAUAGGUAAAGUUAGGUUGGUUUUACCUUCUAAAUAGCUACGAAGUUGUAAACCUGGUGCUAUUGCCCUUAUCACUGCAUCAAUUAUCUCUAGUUCAGGAAAUCCCUUGCUGAUACCUUGCUCAAUUUGGUGUGCGAGACUAAAAAAAGUAAGUAUCUUUCUGGCCGGGCUCACCAAUUUGACCUGAUAUUUUGAAUUCUCUUCCCCACUGCAAUGAAAGCCGGGGCUGUGGAAUCUGUCUAGCGGAUGCAUAAUUACGGUUUAUAUUGUCAUUUUCCUCACUGGCUGUAUUUUUGGUGUCGUCAGUCUUUGUUUUCUCCAGCCGUGACAAUGCUAAUGCUAGCUGUAACUCCUUAAUUUGUUCUUCUAAGCGCAUUUCCUCUAAAGGUUGAUUGGUUUGCUCUUUUUCAACCACCACCUGUUGUUCACGCAAAGCUGCAUUUUUUUGUGUUUUAGCAAGUUGUUGUAGCUCAAUAACCUUAUCAUUUAGGGCCAAAAGUUCUGCCAUGCCCUCAUCCUCAAGUUCGCUGAAGUCUUUUGUCUCUAAAUACAUUGUUAUAUAUGCUACAAUAGACGGACGACUUUUUGCCGACACCAUUUCAAGCUCAGGACCAGUAAUACAUAGAAAAUCACAAAUUUCAAUUAAACUGUCCUUUGGUAAUGUAUAAAGAGCACCACCAACUUGAAGUUUCAAGUCCUCAAUCUCCAUAGACGCCAUUUCAAUCUCCAACUCGUGGCCAAUGCUGAUGUGGUGCAAUAACUUCUUUGCAGAUUGGACACCUUGGCUCUCCUGGCACUCGUAGUUAACCUCAGAUCGCAAGCUUCUUUCUGCAGGCGUUAAACCACCACACGUUCUGGACCCCUCAGGCUGUAGAUGUGUAAUGGGUUGAAUGAAAACAGGACUUCUAUUCCAGAUAGCAGGUCCUUGUCACAUCCAUCCCGGACGAGCCCCCAAAAUGUUGCAGCCUGGAUAGGGAUAUCAGAAUGAACACUCAAACCACGAUGUUUUGCCUUCAAUAGCUCAAAGGAGAAUUGUAUUUAACAUAAAAUGUCCAAGAAAACAGGAAAAACGUAUCAAAAAUAUAUCAUUAGCAUUCUAAAUAAUGUGCACUUUCCCAAAGGCUUUUUCAUAUAGUCCGUUUUACGGACAAAAAAAAAAUCAUAAACAUGUUAAUUUCUCUCAAGCUUCUGUUAGACAUGUAAUACAAAGUUGCAAAAUAUGUCAAAGAAGAUAAAUAUAAACACGAACGACCAAACAAUUGACCUUAUCGGCCGUUAAUGAUGGCCAUUUUACCCCUUAACUGGCGAACUAGCAAAGACAAUACAGAGAAAAGUGGCAUUUUUAACAUUCACAGAAAAGUAAUACAAAUAUAUAUCAAAACGAAAUAUUUACAAAUGUAUAUGUAAGUGCUUUGUGCAGUGUUUCAUACCUGGAUAGGGAUAUCAGAAUGAACACUCAAACCACGAUGUUUUGCCUUCAAUAGUUCAAAGGAGAAUGAGGCAAAGUGGCGAGCUUUCCCUUUUCCUUCAUUCAGCAGACACUACUAGUCGAUCGCCGAUCACUUCUCUCACUGAGGCUAAACUAGGAGAGCAGGUCUCACAUCGUUUCAGUUAUUUUAAAAAUGAUUUCAAUGAAUGCUAAUAAUGUUAUCCAUUUCAAAAUCCGUUUUCAACCCCUUCUUUAACACUAACAUUUUACCACGUUUUUUUUUCAUCUGUUUUUUUAAUUAACAUUUAUAUGAAUUUUAUCAAUCAUGGGAUAUUUCCAAUCUAUUACACGUCUACUGGUGAGGUGACUGACUUAUCAUGGGCUGGCACAUUAGCUAGCAGUGGCAAUAGGUCAUCCAUUUAGGAAAGACUUGACAGUUGCAUUCAUUAAGGAAAGACUUGGCAGUUUGAAUCUCAGCUUACUCUCCCCUCUGCUGUUGCCCAGCUGGUGAAAUGCUCUUUAAUUGUGUUACCAUGGUGGUAACACAAUAAAAGUGACAUUCACCCUAUGCUGUUGAGCACCUUGCAGGUCUACGGUUUAUUUGUUUGCUUUUUGUUAGCUAAUAAACCGAUCAAAGCAUGCCUGUGAACUAAGAUGUGGACUCAGAAAUGUACCCUGUGGGACUCUCGAAAGACAGAGGGUUUUUAGAUGAGGUGGAAAUAAUUCUGGAAAUUUUUGAUGUCAUGCAUUUAAUAUAUUGUAUAUUGUCACCCUCCAAAAAUUUUGGGGAAAAAAUUCCAUAAAUAUCCAAAAUUCAGCAACUGGUUAAGAUUUUGUUUCCUAAAAAUGCUAUCAAAAAUGAAAAAUAAUGAUUUAGACAAUUAUUUUAAGAAGGCAUAAUUAUACAUGUAGCUUAUUUUGAAAUGUUUGCAUUAUAUCUUUAAAGUACAUCAAAAUAGGGGAUAAAAUGCUAAUUAUACUUAUUAUUACCAUUCAAAAAAAUCACUUAUGAAUCAUCUCGAAACCUGUUCAUGGACAAAAUACCUAGAUUAAGACAUCAUGAAAACAUUAUUAAAAUGGUGUUUACAUAAUUCAUUUGGCCUGAGAAAUAUCAAAUGUCCUGUGGGACACCCUAAAAACAGACAACUCAACUUUAAAUCCCACCCCCCAAAUUUUAGGUGAUGUAGCUGAAGCUGUUUUUGUGUGUUUUAACUGAGAAAAUAUGAACAUACAUAUUCUUAUCAAAUUAUGACAAUUUCACUCUUUUAUUGUUUUUCUUCUAAAUUAUGAUUUAAAAACCAAAAAAAAAAAAACUUUAUUCCAGUGACAGUCCAGCUCUCCUUCGUUACUGAUAAUCUGGUAUCUACUAUCCAGUAAGUAUUUGGUCCUGAAGAAGAUGAUCAUGAGAGUUGUGAACAGUUGUAUGCGAGUUGUUCCUGUUUAUUCUCAGCAUGAACUUUAUCAGAGGAACAUGCUUGGUUACGGGUGCGUCAGAGGGCAUUGGAAGACAAUACGCCUUUGCACUAGCUGAACAUGGGAUGAACGUGGUUAUCAUGAGCAGAACAAAAGUGAAUUUGGACAAGGUGGCCAGGGAAAUAAGCGAAACUACACAUCGGAUGGUAAAAGUGGUAGUGGCAGACUUCACGAAGGACAACAUCUUCACGGAUAUUGAGGAGCAGCUCAAGUACCUGGACAUUGGAGUAUUAGUUAACAACGUAGGCAUGGUGCCCAGUACUGUCCCUCGCAGAUUCCUUGAAGAAGAAGAUCUGGACCAGAUAAUCAUGAGUGUGAUUAAUUGCAACGUGAAAACCAUGGUGAAGAUGUGCAAAAUAAUCCUCCCAGGCAUGGAAAACAGGAGAAAAGGGGUGAUACUAAAUAUUGCAUCUGGUGUUGCCUCCAUUCCGUUCCCAAUGUACUCACUGUACGCUGCAUCUAAAAUCUUUGUGGAGAGGUUUUCUCAAGGUCUUCAGGCAGAAUACAAAGAUAAAGGUGUUAUUAUACAGGCAGUGGCACCCUUCGGGGUGUCCACUCGUAUGGUGGGCUACCAGCAAAUAAAUGCAUUCAUGCUGUCUCCACGAGACUUUGUAAGGAGCUCGCUGCAGUAUAUCCGAGCUGGGGACAAAACAUACGGCAGCAUCUGUCACAUGUUCCUGGGCUGGUUACUACUCUGUAUCCCACUCAAGAUUCUCCACACUGAGGCUGUAUUUCAAGGCCUGCAGAACUAUGUGGAAAGACAGCAAGCAGAAAAGAGAUGCAGCUCUGUAAUAAGGGACGCUUAAAGGAAGAUGACUGCAAUAACAACGCCAUGUAGUUUGUGGUUCAUGUGUUGCACAAUGUCAAAAAUCAGACCCAGUCAGUGAUUGUUGUAGGUUUAAAAAAUGUUUCCCAUUUGAAAUUAUUUCAAACUGUUGCAGCUUUCAGCUUGUCCCACAAGAGGUCACCAUGGUGCGCACAUUUUAACAGUUGACACACAUUUUACACAGGUUGUCAUUCCUGAUCCAUCCUCAU